AUGCGUGAAAUCCUCAGCUGUCUUAUUGUUCAAGAAAUAGGUGGCAGCUUUUAUGUCGUCUUAGAGAUAUUUGAGCGCAAUGGCUGUAUCUCACAGGUCAUAAGCAAAGUGCCAGCGAGCAGCAGUAAUUCUCAGAUCUCCAAUCCCAUGAGUGGUCUCACAGGAUACGUCACGGAAAGAGAUCCAUCUUCGUUGGAGGUACAUAGAAGUCCGGCUGGUCGGGAAGAAGCGUUCCGGAAGAAAAGGACUUCUUUCAAGCAGCUGCAAGGGACGGGAGAGUACAGCACCAACAAGAAGAUGGAGGCUCAGAAAAAUAACACAAGAGGGAGACACUCCAUGGGACCUCACUACCAGGGAAGAGCUAGGCAUCCUCUGAAUGGGAUACGUAUCCAGCUUGUGACACUGGUGGUAAGCAUGUUGGUGGCAGGCUCAGCCUCUUCAGGGGAGGACCUGGGGACUAAUAUUGGUAUGGCCAGCAUAUCACUUGAUGGACCCGGCCUUUUAAUGGUGGAAUGUUUGGGUGGCAAAAUCCUGGAACCAUACGAGCACGUUACCUUUACACCAGGUCAAUGGUAUCUGUAUGGUUUCCAGAGAGAGGGUUUUGCCAACGGUGUAAUUCAGCAUUAUACCCCGGUGGAGAAUGUGUCUGCCAUACAACAUGACUUGCACGCUCUCUGUCUCAAGGAAUACAGGCAUUUUCAGGACUUGGACCCUGUACCUAUCAAAUCCUUAAGAUGGGUGUCUAGGAAUCCACACCUGCACCCUUACCAGCAAGUGAGAGCCAACACUACCUCAGUGUUGUGUACAAAGGAGGGUUUGCUGAGUCCUGAAGAUGUCACUGGGGCAGAGUACAGCGGUUGGUAUAUCCUGAAAGCUACCUUCCUAGGGAAGGAUAGCAGAAACGGGUUGAGGGUUAGGACAUAUUUCGAUAGGCCCAUUCCGGUAAAAGGCACCCUGAAGGCUUAUUGUAUGUUGAGGGAUUCCCAGAUGAUUAUCACCAGGGAAUCCAGUUAUGUACAGGGACAUGUAUCCACAGAUUACUUGCGAACCAGCAUAAUGAUGUUAAAGUUAAAUUGCAGUGACUCUGAUCAGGCCAUCUGGAAUGAUCAGAGUGGUCCGGUAAAACUGGAGGGUUUGUAUCGAGCCACAGUUUUAAAGGUACGGACCGAUGCCAAGGACCCAAGGUAUGCGCAGUUAAAGGGGUCUCCAUCCAUACGGUCUUUCAUGAUUACGAUCAUGAGAGACAACUGCGUUCCUGAGGUGACGGGAUACUAUUUCGUCACCUAUGCCCACUGGGAACAGGAUACCCAGAUGGUGAUGUUAGACACUAAUCCCUGGAGGUGGGAUUUAGUGUGUAAUGGGGUGGACACCCCUACAGUGGAUGUAUGGAUGGAUGGUACCCCUAUGACUGAGGAAUACCGGGGUAGGUAUGUGUCUUCCGAUUGGACAGACCCCAGAGGCAGGGACAUUAACUUUGACAUCAAUAUAGAUGGUUCAUUCAAGUGGCCUUUUUGCGAGGCAGCCGACGAAGGGUGCUGGACCUUUACUCAAUGGGUCUAUCUGUCUCAAACCAAACCCGUAGGGAAACUAGUGUUACAGGCUGGAGAAGACGAACAAUGGUAUCCAUUCAAAGGACGGGGACAGGUCUGUGUUACGGUAGUAAGGGUCCCUUACGAAACAGAAGGUCUCCAACCCGUAAGACCACAUUCAGACUCUUGCACCACCCCUAUCCAUCAAUUGGCAGACCCUGUAGCUCCUCAACUGUCAUCCCCCUGGAAGAUCAUCACGGAGGCAAAAUUCAUCCUGUUUACCUGGAGAAUUUCCGUAGAUGACUUCCGAGUUGAUCACUGGGAUCACAGGUGUGAGGAGUUCGUUAGGAACCAAAUUGACAUGGUAAGAGGUUGGAUAGAGGCGGGGCAAGAGGUCAGGAAAGACGACUCUCGACCCAGGAAGAACAGGGGGAGGAGAGACCUGGUGGCUAUGGGACUUGGCGGAGGUGCUUUGGGAGUGGGUGCCCUGAACACUAUGGAUAUGGAAGUCCUGAGAAGUAAGCUUGGGGAGGUUGCGCGACACGCCGGGGAGGGAUUCAAGACCCAGAUUGAUGUAGACCACGUCUUAGAGGGUUUACAACACUCGCACAUUGAUGCCACUACCUCUCUAUCUUCUGCUAUACGCGAGAAGUUUAGGAGGUUAGUUGUGGGUCUUUUGGAGGAGCAGGAUCGGGCUCAGCUUGCCCUGGCGUGUACGCAGGUCCAAAGUGAACUCUCGGACAACCUUAAACAUAUUGUCACGGCACUUCAUAACGGCCACUUCCCAUUCAACCUCCGUUUGAACGUCGCAGAGCAGCAGGGAAGAACCCCGAUUACCCCAGAGAAAAGACUUGACAUCCGCCCCGAUGUUCCUGUAAGACUUCAGAAGAUUCCUCUUGGUUUCGGCAAAGAACUUAGACAUCUCCUAAUGGAUUUUAACCAAGAGGAAGAGAUCGUACAACGUCUUUGGGAGACGGAGAAGCAAGCCACCAUUCAACUCACCCAUGACCGAACAAAGAUUACCGCGGUUGCCACAGCAUUGGACAAAGACUCAAAGGUUUCGUGGUGGGAGAGUCUUUUCGGAUAUAGUCCUAAGGCAACUUCAUUUUUCAAUUUAUUGAUACACCCGGUGAUAGUGCUUCUGGCUCUGGUUGGACUCAUGUACCUUGGACUAUGGUGGAUGUAUCGGAGAGUCAAGAGACUAACGGACCAACUAAACCAGAACCAGACGGCACUGCACGAAGUCAACCGCCGAAGGCUCAGGACAUGA